AUGGAGACUGCACUGUCAUACGACGGCAACGGAGCCGCGAGCAUCAUCAACUUUGGGCCGCUGGAACUCACACUCCUUCGUCUGCGCUUCAUCGGUGCCGCAUGUGUAGGUCGCGCCGUUUGCGUCCUCGUCCUCGUCACCGUCGGGCCGGCAGCACCAGACCAGACCAGGCGGAAAGGCGACCUGGCGGGCGCGGACGUCGCGAUCCCGUGCGAUCGGCGGCAAAAGGGCACGGAUAUAUAUGACAAGGGCCCUACCGGCGGGUCCAAGCACUGGUCGGACAAGCAGAAGACGCGGCUGUUUCGGUGCGUGAUACCCCGGGGAUUCCGCCACGACCAAACCAACCUCAAUCCGCGAGCAGGCCCAUCUUCCGUGUUCGACGAUAGCGACGAGCAGGACGACGAUCACGGUCGACCGGACAUGUUCGGCGACGACGCUUUGGCAGUCUCCAUCACGGCGACGCCUUGCAUCAUCGGCAUUCGCAAGACGAGCCGCUCACGAGCAUACCACGGGGAUUCCGACGCGACCCCACUGACCUUGGUCUGCGAGCGGCCCCAUCCAUCCGUGAAUGACGUCCACGACGAGCACGACAACGAUCACGGUCGACCGGACAUGGCGCUCGUCAUUGGCAUCCAGACCGACGGAUUGUUCACCAUCGGCGAGCAGCGCGAGAUCGCGGCGCACAUCCCCGGCGCGGAGCUGGUGGUGAUCCAGUCCCCCGACGGCCACGACGGGUUCUUGCUCGAGUUCGAGCAGAUCAACGGGCAUAUUCUCAGAUUCUUGAAGAGGGAGUUCCCGGGGCUAUACGCAUCUGGCGCGGAGACCGAAGAGCAGCCGGAAGAGGGCUUUGGCAUAAAAAAGACGAGCGUGUUCGGGGAGGCUGAGGCAGAUAUCACGAGGUGGUGA